AAGGAAAAUGUCACCAAGCCAGUAGCGACAAUCAAUAGUCGCGACAUCUAUAGUAUUGACAACCUACCUCCCGAUCAAGGUUCUAGCUUUAGGAACCCAACCGCCAAGUUAAUGUCUACAGCGCGACAACCAUCUUCCACUACCACGGAGCUCGCAGAAAAUUAAACACCACCAACGAGGGCGACGCUCCGAACCAGCAGCAACAGAAGAAACGCAGAAUGAGUACGAUGCCAACAGGAACUCAAGCUACAACAGCUCCACCGCCUAAUCAAACUACUGCUCUUCCUUCCGUCACUUCAGUUGCCGACGCUCUCCGAGAAGAUUCAGUUACCACGGAGAUCAUUGAGGUUGCGCGGGAGUGCUUGUCUUCCGAUAUCGAGCCAGAGCCGCAACAGCCAGCCCAAGCUCCACCAAGGAUGCAGUCAAUACCCAAGGAUAUUCGCUCAAUGACCCCAACCAGCCCAGUUGUACCUAGUAAUCCCUUUCAAAGAGUCAGCAGACCUGCUACUACCCCAUCAGGAGCUGCCCCAGUACCAAGCUUCGAUACUCGCAGUACUGCUGCACUUUCACCUGGCUUGAGGAUACUGCAAGCAAGCCCUUCACUCCCAGCAGAACAGCACCAAGCAUUACCCACGAACCCACCACCAGCACUUAUUCUUGAAAAGGCAGACGGCAGCUUCGAUGAGGACGACCCACUCCCUUCAGCACAUUUCCGCAACUCAACUGUCAAUGAGUUCUUCUCUUUCGUUUCGGAAGCGACUGGAAAACCUCGGGAUUCAUUCGAUAGGCUCACCUUUACGCUCUUGUUUGUGCGCGGCGGUGAUUGCAUACGACUUGUUCACGAAGGGGAUGAUACAGCGUGGAAUAAACUGAAGAACAAGACAAGGUUUCUGUGCAAUCUUUACAGAACGAGGACGGAGGAGUCAGAACUUCUGCUGGUGGUAGAAUUUGGAGAUAAGAGGAAAAUGGUGGAAAGGUGGCAGACAUGAAUGCGAUUCGGUGAUUGCGAAUCGCCUGCACAACGACGUUGGGGCGUAUUAGAGUCCAAUCCCGAAAAUCCAGUGUCUACCUACCACUGGACCAAUUGGGAGUAUCGAGUGCGAUCGUGUCCAGUA